GGGGGAACACAGUCAUAGAGAUAACAGGGCAGAGAACAUUCCCGCAGCAAAUUUGACUUGGGAAUAUCAUAUGUGAUUUUAAAUAUGAAAGUGGUUUUCUCUGUGAAAUUUAUCAUAUAUCAUAUAUAUAUAUGAAUGUGUGAGUAUGUUCUGGGAACACACAGUGAAUGUGUCUGUGUCUUCUUAUACUCCUCCCUUUGUCCUGAGUCUGGACCACCGCAUUCCUUCUCAGUUCCUACUCCUUUGUCUCUGUCUUUUAUACAUUCUCCCCAGUUCCAGUGCCUCUUUUUCUUCUUUUUUUUUUUUUUUAAAUUUUAGUAUUUUGCUUUUCCAGUUACAUAUAUAGUUUUCAACAUUCGUUUUUAUAAGAUUUUUGAGUUCCACAUUUUUUCUCCUUCCUUUACGUCCUCCCUCCCCAAGAGAGCAAGCAAUCCAACAUAGGUUAAUACAUGUGCAAUCAUUUAAAAUAUAUUUCCAUAUUAGUCAUGUUGUGAGAGAAAAAUCUGAACAAAGGGGAAACAUUGAAAAAAAAAAAAGCAAACAAACAAACAAAGGUGAAAAUAGUGUGUUUCAAUCCACAUUCAAAAAACUCUGUAGUUCUCUCUGGAUACAAAUGGCAUUUUCUAUUCCAAGUCUAUUGGAAUUAUCUUGGAUUUCCAGUUCCUCUUUCAUAGUGCCUCUGUCUCUUUCCUCCUUCCCUCCCCUAGCCACAUCUGUCUCUGUCUUUAUUCCACUCUCCAAUUUGACUCUCCUCCGUUCCCCAUGAGAAAGGAUAGGACAGCAGUGUGGGGCAAGCCAGUAGAGAAGGGGAGGGAAUUACUUGUGUCUGGCCACCCUCACUCUCAGGAUUCCUCCAAGGAACUGGAGAUGUUUAGCCUGGAGAAGAGAGGAGUUAGCAGGGACAUGAUAGCUGUCUGCAAGUAUUUGAAGAGCUGUCAUUGAAGGAGGGAUUAGACUUGUGCUGCCUGGCCCCAGAGGGCAGGACUAGAUGCAAUGGGUGGAAGAUACAGGGAGGAAACUUUCAGCUCAGUAUAAUGAAUUCUUUAACAAUCUAAGCUGUAUGACAAUCAGCUGAGCUGUUUUAUUAGGUAGUGAGUUCCCUCCCUCUGGAAGUGUUCAAUCAGGAAUAAAAGGUUUUUUUCUACAAAGUGAUCUCACCAAUAUCUAUUGGACUAAAUCCUCUCCAAGACCCCUUCUGAGCUUCUUUGGUUUGAUGAUUCCUGGGGUCUGUAUGACCCACUCCCAUUACCUGGCUCAAUACAGUUCCCCUUUACACUGCACAGAUGGAGAAGCAACCUAGAGCAAAAAUGAAUGACUAAAUGUUACAUACACAGCGCAGGGAAUGGGAGGCAAAUGAGGUGUUUGUGACUUGGGGGAACAGUAUGGAGUAGGUUGAGGGCAGGGUACCUUGCUGAGCCAGAUAUAAGGGAAAAAGAGGAGAUAUACAGAUAUGAGGAACAGAAAGACAGAGACAGAGAGAAACAAAAAGAAGAGAGACAUAGAUGGGGAGACAGAAACAGACAGACACAGAGAGAGGCAGAGUAAAUAACAAAGAUCGAAUUAAGAAGAUAGAAACAUAAAGAGAAAUAUUAACAGAGAACAAAGAGAAAGUAAGGUAAGGGACCCACGAAGACAUGAAAUGGGGGAAAAGAGGAGGUGAGGUUUGAGUCCUAAGAUUCGGACCUAGGGCCGCUGAGAAAAGUCUGAGCUGAGUGGCCAGCAGGGCUUGACCCCGCUCUCUGUCACACACAGGUGGGCCCAUGAUCUCCAGGGAGGCCUCUUAGAGCCGCGCUGCCUGCUGCCAUGUCCAAGGAGGUGGGGAGCUGUCGCCUGGGCGCCUCCUACAAGCCCAAGGAGCGGAAGCCCAAAAAACCCCACUACAUCCCCAGGCCUUGGGGCAAGCCGUACAACUACAAGUGUUUCCAGUGCCCCUUCACCUGCAUGGAGAAGUCCCACCUGUACAACCACAUGAAGUACAGCCUCUGCAAGAACUCCCUGUCCUUGCUCAUAGACUCCUCCGACUGGGCUUACAAGAAAGGCCACCUCCUGCAGCCUGAGCUGCGGCUCUUCCCCACUUCCGAGGGGCCCCGAGGCCUGCCCAAGGGAGACCCUUCAGACCCAGCCCCGCCUAAGCGGCCCAAACCGGGGCCCAGGCCGGGAAACAGCUCCCCGGCAGAGCCGGGGCCACCUGGCGAGGACGGGGGCGCUUUCCCCGAGGACGAUGACGAGGAGGAAGUCGCAGGGGGGCUUUUGAGGGCCAUGGACCCCAGUGAGGGCAGGAAGGCCGGGGCCUCUGCCGAAGCCGACGUGGGAGCCCUCCUCUUCGGGUUCAAGGACAAGAUGAGGGAGCCGGAGCCUGACUUUAUUAUCACCGAUGUCUUCUCCCUCCGGAAUGCAGGGGGCAGAGGCCGGGAGCCGCCCUCGCCAGAGGCUGACCCCAAGCCAAAGACGGGAAGGGCGCCCAAGAAAUCCCUGAGCACCGGAGGGCUCCUCAUGGAGCAGUGGCGGCUGGUGGCCGGGGGCCAGAAGAGCCGAGCCAGCGUCGAUCUGGCCCCAGUGGGCACGGAGGGCAGUGGAAUCAUCCCUUGCUAUCCCCCUCCGGCUUAUGGGGAGUAUCAGGAGGCCCAAGGCCUGAACCUGUCCCUCUUGGGCAUAAACUACCCCCUAAGCCCCGGGCUCUUCUCCUACCUGGGACCCACACUCACCGCUGGUGCUGCUGCCACUCAUGCCCCCAUCACUCAGAUGCCCUUUUUGGCAUCAGCUGCCCAACUCUUGCCCCCGCCAGCUGCUGCCGCCACCACACCCUUCCAGGCUCUGCAAGGCCCGGAGCGCUCGGCCUUCCUCCCACGGUUCUACUACCCGCUGCUGUUCGAGCACGCCCUGGGGACCCCCGGGGGGAAAGUCUCCGAUGGACCUCCUGCCCCGGCAAACCUGGCCCUCCCAGCCAAGACGCCGGGAGAGAUGCCCACGGCUCUAGGGCUCCUCAAGGUGCCUGUGUCCAAAGCAGCGGCUUCCUGGCCCCGGAGCUCCCACAGGGACCCUGGCCAGGAGGCAGAGCUCCAAGCGGGGCCUCUGGGGACUAAGGAGGAAGAGGAGGAAGAGGAGAAGGAAGGCAGGUGUCUGAGUUCCCAGAAGGAAGGUACUGGGCCAAGCCGAACACCCUCAUCGGAGAUCUAUCGGAGCCUGCUGGGGCCCAGUCCCAGGAGGGUCCAGGGGACUCUGGCCAGCCCCCCAUCUGUGAGCACUCUGAAAAGAAAGUCCUUUUUGGGGAGUGGAGUGGACUUCCCCAAGGGUCCCACAGGUGUGGACAACCUGCCCCUGGGGAAGUUUGACUACCAGAGGAGUGUGCCAGCUGCUACACCCCUGCUCUCAUGGCCCAAGGACUCUGAUACUGUUGGUUCUGAGGCUACUUCUCCCACUCUCCAGGCCCUGGACGGAACUCCUAGCAAACACCUGCAGGGGUACAGGCCAGUGAGCCCGGGCCCGAUUGGAGAGGACCUGUCCAAAGCCCUGGGAGACUACGAGAAAGUGGAGAGACGGCUGGGUCAGUUGGCUACCGCGGGUGGUCCCACUCAGGGGCCGCUCCGGGAACAGCUGGGAAAGAUACGCCGGGAGCUUUACCACAUUCAUCAGGCCCUGGAGAAGGCAACCAGGCCUCCCGAGGGGCCUCUUGACCUGUCUGUGAAGAGAGUGCCAGACAAAGGGCCCUCCCCUACUGAGUUGGAGCUGGAGGAGGGUGGCUGGGAGGAGAGUGGGUUGGAGACCACCAAGACACCCUUGGAUUUGCUGCUACUGCAGCUGAGCCAGCCAGAAGGGAGACAAGGCUCCUCAGAGUCCCCCGGGGUGCCCAUUACAGUUCUACCCCCAACACUGGCCACAGAGCCCUUCUAUGGCCACACCACUAAAUGUGAGGCAGACUCCAGUGUCUUACUGGGUGCUGAUGGGAGAGGUCCUGGGGGGUCCGGAUCUACUCCUGGGGGCCCCCAGCUCCUGGCUUCUGAGGAAGGGCCUCUAGGUGGUUGGGGCGGGGGACCCCGAAGUGGGUUAGGAGUCCUUCCUGGGGAUCCAGAAGCCACAUGUCUCCAUAGCCCUGAGAACACUGAAGUCUGACCUGGUCUCCCCACUCCCUCAUCCUCCAAACCACCCUGGACUUAUGUUUCCUGCCCAAGUUCCCUGUCUCAGUCCUAGAAAAUGAGCAAUCUCAAUCAGGGGAAAUUCCCCAGGUGGGUACCAAAGCCCCUGAUUUUUCUCUCCUGGGGCUAUGAGUCAGGGAGGGGAUGAAAACAGAAUCCCUGGGGAGGAGGAAACAACUGUGUCCCUCACGAACCAAAGACUCAGUGUUUUAUCUGGACUGGAUUGGCUCUGCCCUCUCCACCAUGAGUUCCCAGGAGAAAGGACUCUGGCAGCAGCCUCUCCCUCCUUCCAGAAAGAUCAAGAUGCUCUUAGGCAUUGCCCUCCGGAGAAUCCUACUCUGGAUGUACACCCCAGCCACAAUCACUUCAUUGCUUCCUCUGGUUCUCAGCCCAGUAGCUCUUUCUAGAAUCCCCAAGCCCAAAUUAUGAGGGCCUUGGACACCACCCUAACCAUACCCUCGCCCCCAAACUGCCAAACCUUCCCAAGCUGGUCUUUCUUCUUUAUGGCGGUUCCCAGCUUCAGUCCCUUAGCAUCACUGAUGGGAUGUCAUCGGUGAUGGCGGGGUUUCCUCACCGUGCUCACUUUACCCUUCUGUUUCCCAGAGCACCCCUCUCUCUCUCUCUCCACUGGCCUGGCCUGCUUUCUCGUAUACCCUCCUCCAGUCUACCUUUCGCCUUGCCCUCACAUACCUGCCCCUCCACCCUCAGGCUGAGUCAAGCCAAAGCUCCCUCUCUCCAGAUUCUGUCUCUGCUACCUCCUCCCUGUCCAGGGCUCUGGAGAAGUAAGUGCCCCGUCCCUUAAGACUGGUAGGAGGGCUUUGCUGUAUGAGAAAUCUGGUGCUAUUGUAGAUUUAGAAUGAGUUUGAUAAAUAGCUCCCCAUAUAAGGGACCUAGGGAAAAAAGGGGGAUAGCUUACUAAAUCCAAUCUCAGCUGAAGGUUGUCUUCCACUCUCUUUUCUACAUUUCUCUGCCUUAUUCCACCUUUUACCGAGCUCUAAAGCAGCUCCAUAGCCUAAUCUCUUGAUUAAUCCUGGCCAAGCCUGGAUCCCAUCCCUAGAAUCCGAAAAUCACAGGAUUAAGCGAUGGAAGGAACCUUCUGUCCACUGGGUGCACCCUAGAAACAAAUAUUGGCUUCUUUCUAAGGAGAUGCUUGGAAAGUAGAGACCUAAUCUUAAAAUCCAGGAAGACCAGAAUGCAAGUCUUACUUGACAUAUCUCAAUGCCUCGGGUAGCUCUCUAAAACUAGAAAUAUUGCAGAGAAGAUAUGAACCCAGAUUGGUAGAGGAAAUUUCCUUAUCUGGGAGUUCCCUCUACUUAUGAAAUUAAUCCCAGGUCCAGUCCCUCUCCUUAUCCUUUAUUAAGGUUAGAGUUUAAGGAAAAGAGUACAGAGUACAGAUAUCUGAGAAAUCUAGAGAUCUUGUAUUCUAACCCUAGAAGCAGAACUCCCCCCACCCCCGCAAGUCCCCUCCCAACUGGUAUGGCCCCUUUGCCCCAGAACAAAGACUGCACGUUGGUGACUAGACCAACUAUUUGUUAAUGGUGAGAGGGAACAAAUCAAUUAACCUUUUGGCUGAUGCUAUCCACCUGUAAAACAAAGAGACUGGAUUAGAUGAAUGCUAAGGUCCCUUCUAGUUCUAAAUUCUGUGAUCUUUGCUUAUCUUCCCUCCCACUUCUGGAGCCCCACUUCAAAUCUUUAUUGGUCCAGCUUAUAAAGGCACUGUCCAGAACCAUACUAGCUCACCACCCCGACUAGGGAAAUGUUUACUGAGUUCAUGAAGAAAUUUCAUCUACAAUUCUAUAUAAUCAGAUCUGCACAUAAGCCACACCAAAUGUAGUCUAAGAGAAGUAUUCCCCUUACCCCCAUCUGGGUGAAGGAAGAUGAUACCCCAUUUAGGAGGCCAGGAAGGGUCCCUAGAGAAAUGAAGGCUGAGCUGUGGUGAGAACUCUUCCCAAAUCUUGUCUCAAGCAGGCUCCAUCCGCCUAAGGUUGCCUGAGAAAGUUACCUAAGCCUUCCCUCAUUCAGGUGGACUGAGGCUGACCUCAAGUCAUACCUUCCCUCUUGAUGCCUCUGGGGAAAAAUCCCUCCAUAGGCGCGGGACUCUGUGGUUUUUGGCACUGGCACAAAGGGAGAGGAUAUUGCCUCUGAGUAACCCCACCCCGACCCGAGGACUUUCUGCCAUACAUCAGAAUUCCUAGAUGGGGCUUUUAUCUCCCUUCACCCUCCUGCAAUUGGCUCCCCCCCGCCGCCCCCCUCCCCAUUCCUCUCAGAAAGGGGACAACUUCUUGGAUAUCCUAUACUGUGCAUGGAUGGAAGGACAAUCACUUCCUGGGUUCUUAGUGAUUAUUCAUUUCUGGGGAAAUGGGAAGAGGGCAGAGGGAAUAAAGGGGGUGGCAGGGGUUGGGGGGCUGCACAGUCACCUUUAUUUAUUGUUCACAAUUUUGCAAAUAUAAAAAUAUAAACCACCUUCCUGCCCAAGUGGGCUCUGGGAGUU